AUGAAUACACGCUUAAAUAUGAAUAUGCCCAAUAUGCAAGAACUUUCCUGUUGUUGCACGUGGAAGAAAAAAACAAACGCUCUACCAGAUAAUAGGGACCAAGAAUUCUACCAAACGAAUUUCAUUGAUGACCUUCUCGAAGGAAUCCUGGGUUUGGUAGAUUCUUAUGCAAAAGAACAACCUAUAUACGCAAAAAUGAAAGAAUAUAAACAAAAAUUUUAUAAUUUAAACUUUACAAUUACCGACAAAAACCUAUUAUGUCCUUCUUUUCCAAAAUCUCAGAUGCUUCAAAAGUCUAUAAAAUUAUCCGAAGAAGAAAAAUUUCAUUACAACGUUAUCAGAACUACAGUUGAAACUCUUGAUUCUACAUUAUCACAAGAACACCUUCAUCAAUUAGCUUUUGAUAAUUUCUCAUUAGCACUUUUACCACAUUCAAGAAUACAAGUGAAAAUUCACAACAUUCUUGCGUCCUGUAAACAAUCUCAAAUCAACAAUCAUACAAUUGAACAACUUCCAGCUCACACUGAAGAAAAUCUUAACACAACAAACAAUAUGAAAAACUCAAACUCUGCACAAAUAUUCAGCACAUAG